UUUUCCCCUUUAGCUCCUUAGAAAAGGAAAUCAAUCAAUCUUCUAUAAAUUAGGGUUACAGUGGGUCUCCAUCAAAAUCAGAGAUUUUUCACUUUGACUUGAGAGAAUUUGCGAAGUUUCUUUUUCACGGUUUCGUUCUUUACACAGAGUUGCUGCAAAUCUGUUUUCGUUUUCUGAUCUCUGAACAAUCCAAUGGACUCUUUUGUUACCGUAGAGAAUAAACCUCUCCCAACCGAUAUGGAAUUUACGAUGGAAGAAGCAACGCAGAUUGUAGAGAAGAAACUUUCGGAGAAAGAUUACGUUGGUGCGAUGAAAUUCAUUAAUUUGUUUCCAAAUCUUGAUGGUCGUUGGAAUACGAUGAUCGAUGUUUAUAUUUGUGGAUCAAACGUAGGAGAAUCUGAUUGGUAUGGAGUUUUAGGUGUAGAUCCUUUAUCUGAUGAUGAAACAGUAAAGAAACAUUACAAGCAGUUGGCUCUUUUACUUCAUCCGGACAAGAACAAGUGUUAUGGCGCUGAAGGAGCGUUUAAGUUGGUGUCAGAAGCUUGGUGUUUGUUAUCUGAUAAGGUUCAGAGAAGUUCUUAUGAUCAAAGAAGGAAGAAUUCGAAACAAGGAAAGUCUAGUAAACCUAAAGCUACAGAUUCAUCAAAACAGAGGAAAAGCAGAACGUUUUGGACAAUGUGCAGAAGCUGCAAGACCAAAGGUGAAUUUCUGAGGCAUUGGAAUCUUAACAAGGCUAUACUUUGUCCUAAUUGUCGUCAGAUUUUCAUUGCAACCGAGAUAACUACAAAAGAACCUAACAAAACCACCAAAAAAGCUUCUCAUCAACAGCAACAAUGGAGUGUCCAGGAUAAAGCACCAAAAACGAGUCUUCCUCGCCAUCUGUUACUUUUACCUGGAAACGUUCAUCAGUUUCAUUAAAGGCUAGGUCUAAUUGUGGAAGUUCAGCAAAUCAAAGUACCAAAAGAGGGCUUGACGCACAAGAAACGGUUGCUCCUGCAGAGAAGAUUCUCAAGAGGCAGAGGACAACUGUGAACUAAGAAGUACGAGUCAUAUGACAUUUAGAAUUUGCAUAUUCCUGCUUUUAAACCUUUCAUGUUUUCUUUAGGAUAUGUUAUUAAUCUUUUUUCAGUUUUAGACUAAAAUUGUACUGUAGAACAAGAGCGGGUUCUCCUUUCAACGUCAAUGUGUAGUGUCCUAAGUCCUAACUUCUCUUUAAACAUUGUAUGUCUUGUUGUUAGUUGAUUUUAUAACAUUUUUUACAGCAACAAUAAAACAUUAUCUUCCUCACAAGUCACUUGUCAAGU